AGGAAACAUUUGACAGCGUGACCCCGGGACCCAGUAAGAGCGCAGCAUGAGGGGAUGUGUAUAAAUGUUUCGCCAACCACAUGGGGCCACAGUCGCUCUACUUGAUUAGACUGUCUCAACUGGACCUCUGAGACAAAGAUGAAUCUUCAAACUCUCUCCAUCGUCCUGCUGGUCAUUUCUUAUGCCCAGGCUUUCCAGUACAUCAAGCUGGUCCAGUAUGUUGAUGACCAUCAGGAAGAAUACGUUGAGGCUCUUAGGGACUGGGUUGCAAUUGAAAGUGACUCAAGUAACAUUCAGAAAAGACCAGAGCUUCACCGCAUGAUGGAGAUGGUGGCUCAGAAGCUGCGACUGAUGGGAGGAACCGUAGAACUGGUGGACAUCGGAGAGCAAGAGCUUCCAGAUGGGCAGACAAUAACAUUGCCAAAAGUAGUGACAGCUCAGUUUGGUAGUGACCCCAGCAAACACACAGUCUGUGUCUACGGUCACGUGGACGUCCAACCGGCAAAGCUUGAGGAUGGCUGGGCUACCGAUCCCUACAACCUGACAGAUAUCAGUGGUAAUCUGUAUGGAAGAGGAACAUCAGACAACAAGGCUCCAGUUUUAGCCUGGAUCCACGCUGUAAAGGCAUACCAAGCCCUCAGUAUGGUCCUGCCAGUGAACGUGAAGUUUCUCAUUGAAGGCAUGGAGGAGACGGGCUCUAACGGCCUGGAUGCCAUGAUCCUUGCCCAGAGAGACACUUUCUUCUCUGAUGUGGACUACAUCAUCAUUUCUGACUGUGGCUGGCUGAGCAGACGGCCUGCCCUAACCUACGGCACCAGAGGGAACUGCUACUUUUUUGCUGAGGUUGAAGGGCCUACGCAGGACUUACAUUCUGGUGUUUAUGGAGGUGCAGUGAUCGAACCAAUGACUGACCUCAUAGGCAUUCUGGACACACUAAUCAGCCCCAGCGGAAGGAUUCUGAUUCCAGGCAUCCAGGAAGCAGUGGCUCCUCUUUCGGAUGAAGAAUGGAAAAUGUAUCAGGAUAUUGAGUUUGAUGUGAACCACUUCAAGAACAAGACUGGUGUCAACCAUCUCAUGUACAAUAACAAGGUAGACUUGUUGGCCCAUAGGUGGCGCUACCCCACUGUUUCUAUCCACGGUAUCAUGGGGGCCUUCUCUGACCCUGGCACUAAGACUGUCAUCCCUGCUAAGGUUACUGCUAAGUUUUCAAUAAGACAAGUCCCUGACAUGGACCCAGCUAUGAUCAAGAAACAGGUGACUCACUACCUUCACUCCGUGUUUGCCAAGAGGAAAAGUCCUAACAAGCUGAAAGUUACCAUGGUGAUUGGGGCCAAGCCCUGGCUGGCUGAUACUCAGCAUCCUCUCUAUGAGGCUGGAAAAACAGCAAUCAAGAGAGUUUUCAACAUGGAACCUGAUCUGAUCCGUGAAGGCGGGACCAUCCCUAUCGCCAGAACCUUCCAGGAUGUGACUGGGAAAAGCAUCAUCAUGAUGCCCAUCGGAGGCUUUGAUGAUGGAAUGCAUUCCCAGAAUGAAAAAAUGAGCAGGUACAACUAUAUCGAAGGAACCAAGUUAUUCAUCGCCUACCUGAAUGAAGUCGCCCAGAUUACCAAGACCAGUACAACUAUAUCGAAGGAACCAAGUUAUUCAUCGCCUACCUGAAUGAAGUCGCCCAGAUUACCAAGACCAGUGGGUGAUCAUUAAAAGAAGACAUCCAUCCGUCCCUCCUUCCCCCACACCAUCCCUCCAUUAUCUAUCUAUCUAUCUAUCUAUCUAUCUAUCUAUCUAUCUAUCUAUCUAUCUAUCUAUCUAUCUAUCUAUCUAUCUAUCUAUCUAUCUAUCUAUCUAUCUAUCAUUUUUUUUCAUCUCUUUGUGUAUAUUCAGUGUUAGUUAUGCUCCAUGUCAUGCAUUACUGUAAUACUGUAACGCUGGGUUUGUCUCAUGAAGUAAAAAUAAACUAAUACAGAACUGUGUUUGCAUGUUAAAUGAAAAAAGAAACUUUCAUGUUGUAUAAUAAGGUAUUAAAGUGGUAAUACAGAGUCACAUGCCACAUUGUUCACUAAGUCAUUUCUAAAGUUGAAGUGGAAGUUUUUCUUUCCAUCUUUUAGAGAAACUGAAGAUACAUAUAGAUGUUCUGGUGCUGGGAGGUGCGGCAGGGUCCAGUUUGUUUCUGAUGUUAAAGAACUGUGCUAAUAAAAACAUGUAUUCUAAAAACUGA